AUGAGUCUGGCACGCUCGAGCUUCGGCAAGCGCGCAUGCUUGGUGCCAUAUCCGAGGACGCCUACUAGCAGGUCAGCCCUCGCGAGCAGGACUGCCUGGCCUCGCUCGGCAGUAGGAUGCUCCAACCCUGCCGCCAAUGCACCAAGUUCUCGCAGUGCAGACUCCACACUUCAGUCUCCAUAUACACCGGCUUGCUACUUUUCUUCGUCGCCACGCCGGCUUGUGGCCGAUAGCGGGCUGCCCCAUGCGGAAAAGCACCCUGUUGCGGCGUUGCGCAACAUCUCGAUCAUCGCGCACAUCGAUGCGGGCAAGACCACCCUCACGGAACGACUGCUGCACCUCACGGACGCUCUCGCUGGAAACGGCGGAAGCGGCAGCACAGCUGCACUUCCCGGCGACGUUGAUUCAGGAAGCACCGUGACCGACUUUCUCGAGCAGGAGCGCCAGCGAGGCAUCACGAUCCAGUCAGCCGCUGUGGGCCCCGUCUGGUGGCCCAAGCCAUCCGCCUCCAAAUCCACUGGCGCAAGGGAGACGGUCGGAAUUACGCUCGUCGACACACCAGGUCACAUCGACUUUGGCAUCGAGGUGGAGCGCGCACUGCGAGUAGUCGAUGGCGCGGUGGUGGUGCUCGACGGCGUGGAGGGCGUCGAGUCGCAGACGGAAAACGUGUGGUCGCAAGCGGCGCGAUACGAUGUCAAGGCGUCGAUCCUGUUCAUCAAUAAGCUCGACCGCAUGGGGAGCUCGGUGACCCAGUCCCUGCGCAGCGUCAUCCGCUCCGGUAUGCAUCAGCGCCCGCUGCUGCUCCAGCUUCCGAUCCCACUCAAGAGCAAGGACGAACCGGGCGUUUCUGGCCUUGUGGAUCUGUUGGAGAUGCAGACGGUGACGUUCUCGGGCAAGGCCGGCGAGACGGUCAAUCGCAAACCGCUGCAGGAGGCAGACGAGAUGUACGCGGAAGCCAAGCAGGCGCGCCAUGCACUCGUCGAGUGCCUCGCCUCGCUCGACGACCAACUCCUCGAAGAGCUCUUCAGUCUGCCGACGAGCUCGAACGAGGAACCGCACGGCAAGAUGCCAGCAGCUUCGCUGAGGCAGGCUAUCCGACGCCAGACGCUUGCGGGUACGGUGCUGCCCGUGCUGUGUGGCUCGGCAGCCAAGAACGUCGGUGUCCAACCGCUGCUCGAUGCGAUCGCCGACUACCUGCCCAGCCCGGCGGACAAGCCGAGUGUGGUCGGAAACGUCGCUCACCGAGCCGGCAAGAACGACGCGAAAGCAAAUGCGGGAGCAGAAGUAUCGUUGUCGCUCAAGGACAAGCGCACGACCGCACUCGCGUUCAAGGUGGUGCACGACAAGCGACGCGGUCCGACGACGUUUGUGCGUGUGUACUCGGGCACACUGCAGCGGUCGUCGGUGCUGUUCAACACGACAACAGGUGCGCGUGAGCGUCUCUCGCGGGUCUUGUUCCCCUUUGCAGACCAGUAUGUCGAGACGGCGAGUCUGCGCGCAGGCCAAAUCGGCGUGAUCCUUGGUCUUCGCGACACACGCACGGGCGAUACUCUGGUCGAUGUCUCCUCCACCCCCGCUGGAUCCAAGAGCGACAAGGGUCUCGACGCCGCGGACGCCAAGACGCUCCGGCUCAAGCGCGUGCACAUCCCGCCACCCGUGUUCAGCAUGUCGCUCGAGCCCGCAAGCAAGUCCGAUGUCGACGCGGUCUCGGACGCACUCAACCUGCUCAUUCGAACCGAUCCCUCGCUCCGACUCGACGAGGGCUCCUCAGCAGGCGCCGGGACAACGGGUCAGACCGUGGUGAGCGGCAUGGGCGAGCUGCACCUCGAGAUCGCCAAGGACCGGCUGGAGAACGAAUUCGGCGUCAAUGCGAGAAUGGGCGCUGUGCGGGUAUCGUACCGCGAGACGGUGGACGAGGGCGCAGGAGAGCUCGAGGCAAGCGAGGUGCUAGAGAGGGAUCUGGCGGGAAAGCGCAUAAAGAUCGGUGCGAGGAUUCGAGUGAGCGCGCUCGCAGAAGACGAGCAGCACAGGAUCAGUCAGUCAGACGCAGCCGUAUUCGGAGGUAACGUCGUCGACGUUGUUCUCGGAACACCUCCAUCCAACGGUCAAAGUGCAUCUGGCGGCAAGGGUUCUUCAAAGUCCACUGGGAAGGAGGACUCGACUACGAUCGGUCUGCCGGCGGGGGUGGACAUGGCGAGUGUCGAGGCGAUGUUCAAGUCUGGCAUGGUCGCUGCGCUGUCUCGUGGGCCGCUCACCUCGAAUCCGCUCAUGGGCCUGCGCGUCACGGUGGACAACAUCGAGAUGUUUGGCGACCUUUCUUCGUCGGCAGCCAUCUCGUAUGUGCUUUCGCACCUCGUGCGUAAAGUGCUGCGCACCGAACCCAAGCUCGACCCGCAGACGGGCAUGGUGGUGCAGCCCGGUCAAGCAAGGACGGUGUUGAUGGAGCCCAUGAUGGCGACGCGCAUCACUGUGCCCGCCGUGCACCUGGGCAAGGUGAUCAACGACAUCACUGCCGAACAAGACGGCUUGGUCAACGAUGUUGUGCACCAGACCAACUCACAGGAUGGCUCUGAGACCGAGGAGCAGGCUGAGGAGGCGGUUUACAUCCCGCCGCGCGAGAGCCGGUUCGAGAUGCAGUCGGCCAGCGCUGCGUCGGGCAAGGGCGAUGCGGAGAAGCAGGCAGGCAAGGCGGAGAUCCAUGCCGUAGUGCCGCUGGCCAACUUGGUGCGCUACUCGUCCAAGCUGCGUGCGCUCACCGCGGGCAAUGCCCAGUUCAACAUGCAGCUCCAGGGAUUCGCACGCGUCUCGCAGCACAGACAAGCCGAAAUCCUCGCCGACCUGGGCCGAUGA